AUGCGCACUCCCAGCUUCGCUCAGCUCCUCACCUCGGCCCUCGGCGCCUCGACCCUGGCCCACGGCCUUGGGCUCUCCCCCACACGCAUCUUGACUGGGGCCAUCGUCUUGCUCGCCGGCAAUGUCCAGGCCGCGCCUCAGUUUUUUGACUGUUCCGUCGACUCUAACCAAAUUGGUUGCAGAAAGAAGCGAGACGUCGAAAAGCCGGCGGUGGUUGCCCGCUCUCCUGAGCCCGAACCUGAACCGCAGUUUUUGGAUUGCUCGGUCGACUCUAACCAGAUUGGCUGCAGCAAGAAGCGUGACGUCGAAAAGCCGGCGGUGGUCGCCCGCUCUCCUGAACCCGAGCCCGAGCCUCAGUUUUUUGACUGCUCCGUCGACUCUAACCAGAUUGGCUGCUAG